AUGAAUAUUUUGCCUAAACACAAUGUUGCUUCUUACUUUGAAAUUCGUGUAGCAGCGGAUCGUGAUAUUGUAGUGAUCCAAGGAUCACCGGAGUCUGCGGAACUUACUCAACUAUCAGGAGUUGUGGUUCUUUGCUUAACAGAAAGCAUCUCUGUUCGAGCGAUCUCUUUGAGAUUGACUGGCAGAUGUCGUGUCUCAUGGUCGGAACCCUCAUACAAUAGUCGCACUGGGAUACGGCAUAACAAGCAGGACUCAGUAGUUUAUGAAAAAAUUUGGAACUUCCUUCCAUACUCUGGUGGAUCAAAAACCCUUCGUGCGGGUAACUAUGAGUACCCCUUCCGUAUUAUGCUACCGGGUAAUAUUCCUGAAUCUGUAGAAGGGUUGCAAAGCUGCUAUGUAAUAUACCGUUUAAAAGCGACCAUUGAUAGAACUGGUCUUAAUAGCAGAAUGAUCAAAAAGAAGCAUAUUCGUCUAAUUCGCACUUUACCUCCAGACGCCGUUGAAUAUACACAAACUGUGAGUGUCGAUAAUACAUGGCCUAACAAAGUCGAAUAUACAAUCAGUAUUCCCACAAAAGCAUAUGCCAUUGGAUCAUAUAUCCCCACCCAUUUUGUUCUUGUACCGUUACUAAAGCGCCUCUCCAUUGGAAAAGUUACUAUUACUUUAAAGGAAUACAUUACGUUGCACGUUGCCCAUGGCCAUAACGGUCUUCCAGCUUCAAAAGAUGAGGUUCGUACGGUACGUUCUUUGCAAACCGAUGAAAUUGAGGAAUUUUCAGACCAUUAUGAACUUUCCAAACACUUGGAGCUUCCUACUUCUUUAGUCGACUGCUUGCAGGAUUGUGAUCUCGAAGGCAUAAAAAUUCGUCAUAAACUAAAAUUUAACGUCUCCUUACGAAACCCAGAUGGUCAUGUUUCAGAAUUAAGAGCUGCCUUGCCUGUUGUAUUGUUGAUUCCCCCUCAAUUAUUUGGAGAUGCUGCGGAUCUGGAAUCUCUUCGUGAAAACUUUGAUUCGUUAAAUCAACCGUUGCCCAGUUACAAAGAUAGUAUGUACGAUCAACUCUACGAUGGACUGAAUUAUUCGAAUGUUGAAACACCUCUUCCUAGCGGUGCUACUACUCCUAGAAGACGUGACUCUACCGAGCCUAACCAGUCUGCUGAAAGCCAUCGUAGGCAAUUGUUUGCUGGCCUCACAGCUUUGGCUCAGCAACAACAACCUGGUGAUCGGCGUGCAAGUGAACAUUCGCCUUCUCGGUUUGAUGAAGAUUAUCCUUCUUUUAGUUUUGGAUCCAAUCCAUCGAGUGGUGCCACUUCUGGGGCUAUUACUAGGAACCCGUCCGAAACAAGUUUAGCAGAAUUGAGCCGUGUUCCUUCUUAUACUGAAGCUACGCGCUCAUCUAUCAAUGCAUUGGAGUCUCCAUUACAACCAUCUUUACCUGGGUAUGAGGAUGUUACUCGAACGGAGCAUCUUUCCCGUCCUACUUCUCCUGGUACCUUAACGCCUCCUCAACGUCAAUCAUCCAUGUUUUUUACUUCACCAGAUGCUGGUACCCAACGUCGCUCCUUAGAUGCUCGUCGCCCAUCAGACCUAAACCCCGCGUCACUACCAACUUCGCAUAGUAGCGGAUCACUUGCACAUAUGGGGCAGCCUCCAAACGCAAAUAGCUCAAAUGCUGGUCCCCAUCGACCACCCAAUGCUCGCAUCGGCACUCACAGGAACGCCCUAGAAGCAUUGCGACGUGCUCGCAUGCUUCCGUCAAGUUUUACGAGAAGAAGUUAA